ACUUCCGGGGCGGUGGUUGCAUCAGAUUCUGGGAAGCUGGCGCCGCGGCUGCUGUUUUGGGAUUUCUAAGAUGUCAGGUUCCUCUGGGGAGCAGGCUCCUCCCUACAGGUCCAUCCUGAGCAUUAGUGACGAGGCAGCCAGGGUGCGGGCCCUGAACGAGCACCUCAGCACGCGUAGCUAUGUCCGGGGGUACUCCCUGUCCCAGGCAGACGUGGACCUGUUCAGGCAGCUCUCGGCACCCCCCGCUGACCCGCGUCUCUUCCACGUGGCCCGCUGGUUCAGGCACAUAGAAGCCGUCCUGGGUGGCCCCUGCGGCAGAGGCGAGCCCUGUGGGCGCCAAGCAAGUAGAGGCCGGCGGGGGCAGCCUCAGUGGUGUCCUCCAGCUGGGUCCCCUCCGUGCAAGCUUCGCCUGUACAACAGCCUCACCCGGAGGAAGGAUGUGUUCGUGCCUCAGCACGGGAAGAGGGUGACGUGGUACUGCUGUGGGCCGACCGUCUACGACGCGUCUCACAUGGGCCACGCCAGGUCCUACAUCUCCUUCGACAUCCUGCGGAGGGUGCUGCGCGACUACUUCGGGUACGACGUCUUCUACUGCAUGAACAUCACAGACGUGGACGACAAGAUCAUCAAGAGGGCCCGGCAGAACUACCUGUUUGAGCGGUACCGGGAGAAGCAGCCGCGGGCAGCCCAGGUCCUGCAGGACGUUCACGCCGCCCUAAAGCCGUUUUCAGCCAAGUUACGGGAGACCGCGGACCCCGACCGAAGGCAGAUGCUGGAGCGCACCCGGCGAGCGGUGGAGCUGGCGGCCGAGCCGCUGCAGACGGCUGUGCAGAGCGGCCAGGCCGAGACGGCCGACGGCUGCGCCCAGGUGCUGCUGGAGGAAGCAAAGGACUUGCUCUCGGACUGGCUGGACGGCAGCCUUGGCCAUGAGGUCACCGACAACUCCAUCUUCUCCAAACUGCCCAAGUUCUGGGAGGAGGAGUUCCACAGAGACAUGGAGGCGCUGAACGUCCUCCCUCCAGACGUCUUAACCCGCGUUAGUGAGUACGUGCCGGAGAUUGUGAACUUCGUCCAGAAGAUUGUGGACAAUGGUUACGGCUACACCUCAAACGGGUCCGUCUACUUUGAUACAGUGAAGUUUGCGUCCAGCGACAGACACUCCUACGGGAAGCUGGUGCCCGAGGCUGUGGGGGACCAGAAAGCCCUGCAGGAAGGAGAAGGUGACCUGAGUAUCUCGGCAGACCGUCUGAGUGAGAAGCGGUCCCCUAAUGACUUCGCCCUGUGGAAAGCCUCCAAGCCAGGCGAGCCAUCCUGGCCGUGCCCCUGGGGAAAGGGGCGUCCAGGAUGGCACAUCGAAUGCUCUGCCAUGGCGAGCGCUCUCCUGGGGAACUCGAUGGACAUUCACGGAGGGGGCUUCGACCUCCGGUUCCCCCACCAUGACAACGAGCUGGCCCAGUCGGAGGCCUACUUUGAGAAUGACUGCUGGGUGCGCUACUUCCUGCACACGGGUCACCUGACCAUCGCCGGCUGCAAGAUGUCCAAGUCACUCAAGAACUUCAUCACCAUUAAAGACGCCUUGAAGAAGCACUCUGCGCGGCAGCUGCGGCUGGCCUUUCUCAUGCACUCCUGGAAGGACACACUGGACUACUCGAGCAACACCAUGGAGUCGGCACUGCAGUACGAGAAGUUCCUGAACGAGUUUUUCCUAAACGUGAAAGACAUCCUCCGAGCUCCCGUGGAUAUAACUGGUCGGUUUGAGAAGUGGGAGAACGAAGAGUCGGAGCUGAACAGGAGCUUUUACGACAAGAAGGCGGCGGUUCACGAAGCCCUGUGUGACAACGUCGACACGCGCACGGUCUUGGAAGAAAUGAGGGCUCUGGUCAGCCAGUGCAACCUGUACAUGGCAGCCCGGAAGGCUGCCCGGAGGAGGCCCAACCGGGCACUGCUGGAACGCAUUGCCCUCUACCUCACCCACAUGCUGAAGAUCUUCGGGGCCAUCGAAGACGAAAGCACCCUGGGAUUCCCAGUAGGAGGACCUGGAACCAGCCUAGAUCUGGAGGCCACAGUCCUGCCCUACCUGCAGGUGUUGUCGGAGUUCAGAGAAGGCGUGCGCAGGAUCGCCCGGGAGCAGAAAGUCCCUGAGGUCCUGCAGCUCAGUGACGCCCUGCGGGACGACAUCCUGCCCGAGCUCGGCGUGCGGUUAGAAGAUCACGAAGGGCUGCCGACCGUGGUCAAGCUGGGGGACAGAGAGGCCUUGCUGCGGGAGAGAGAGGAGAAGAGACGGGUGAGUGGCUGGGGCAGCCGCACAGUGACGGGCACAGGAGCUCAGUUCACGAGACGGGCGCAGGGCAGGUACCUGACCACUGGCACUGAACCGCGGGCAGACCCACCACUGUGGGGCGUCCCCGAGAGCCAGGGCCCUGUAAGCUCCCGUUUCUGUCCCAUUCGUUCCCCCGGCUUAGUGGCCCGUCCCCAGGGUCGGGCUCUCACCCCGCCUUGGACAGCAUACCAGGUGGCCUGGCCACAGAGGCGACGAGGGGCUGGUGUGCUUCCCACCACCCCGGGCUGGGUGAGGACACAAACGCCGCCGCUUGCCAUGCUCCUCGCCCAGGCUCCUCUGCCCACGUAGCCGCACGCAGGGCGGAAAGGUAGACGGGUCUCUGAGGAAGGCGGCAGGGGACGGCCCUGCCUGGCGGGUUCCCACACGGGCCGCAGGCCGCAGGCCACGGUGUAUCUUCCCGCAGCUCCUGUCUGUCUGCCAGCGGGGCCCGUCCCAGCCAGCAGUAGCUGCCCCUGUCCCCGCCCCUGAGUGUUCCCGCCAAGGGACAAACACUGUCCUCACGCAGGAAGCAGCCGCCUCUCUGCCCGCU